AUGGUGGAAAAUGAUCAACGUCAGGAGGCUCAGAUCAUUUUAUCCGGUCAGUUUAGGCGCAUUAUACUUGUCGUACGAAAAAAUGUCUUCAUUUUGUAAGAAUUUUUCAGGAUUAAAAUUUUUGAUCGAUGAAUUUGGAAACGGUGUGAAAAAAUUGAAAGAAGAAAUCAUGGAAUCGAAAUUCGUAAAGUAUUUGGAAAGAUUUGUCGAAGUUAAUUGGGGUGUAGAACCAGAAUAUUACACACCACUCAGAUAUAUUGAAACAUAUCCUGAACAUCCGUGGUGGAAACAUGAGAUCGAGGAGAGACGUCGGCAAAAACAACUUGAUGAAAAACAGAUCACAAUCCACUCCGAUAUUGUUAAAACCAAUCCGCACAAUCUGAGACCACGAAAACGUUCAUUAGAUAUGCCUACCAAAAAUUAUAUUCCGAUCAAACGAACAGCGGGAUUUUCUUCUUCGCCCAAGAUGCAGAACUCUCAAAUCAAGGUUUAA